CGUCCACCAUUCAAACAGCGGCAGAUUACGCUGUCAUUCUUCCUCGUGGAGUUUUUCUUUUCUUCCCACUGCCACCUUUCGUUUUUCUUUUCAAGAUGAGGGUGCAGUCAUUUGUGCGAGCGCAAUCGCUUGCAACUGCUUCUCUUCGUACCUCCGCCCGAUGCGCCUCGAGGUCGUCUCCGCGCUCUGCCUUCUCCACAGCAGCUCUCCAACGAAGCAAAUACCCCAAUGGAUCUGCCAUUGGAACCUUCUUGAAUAACAACAAUUCAAGUGGACAGAAACGGUGGCAAUCCGUCGCCGCUGAUGUUCUCAAGAAGGCAAAGGAAGAUCCAUCUACUUUGACACAAGAAGCCAUUGUCGAGAACCUCGAUCCCGUCGAAGCGGCGCGACUAUCGAAAGUGCGAAACAUUGGUAUCGCUGCACACAUCGAUUCCGGAAAAACCACAGCAACCGAGCGUGUCCUUUACUACACCGGCCGAAUCAAUGCCAUCCACGAAGUGCGCGGAAAAGACGCCGUCGGCGCGAAGAUGGAUUCCAUGGAUCUUGAACGUGAGAAGGGUAUUACAAUUCAGUCUGCCGCCACUUUCUGCGACUGGGUGAAGAACGAGAAUGGAAAGGAUGAAACAUACCAUUUCAACUUGAUCGAUACCCCCGGCCAUAUUGAUUUUACCAUUGAAGUCGAGCGAGCCCUGCGAGUUUUGGACGGCGCAGUCAUGAUCUUGUGUGCUGUGAGCGGAGUGCAGAGUCAAACGAUCACCGUGGACAGGCAAAUGCGACGAUACAACGUUCCUAGGAUUUCCUUCGUUAACAAGAUGGACCGAAUGGGCGCAAACCCGUGGAAGGCUGUCGAUCAGAUCAACCAGAAGCUCAAGAUACCUGCUGCAGCGGUUCAAGUACCCAUCGGCCGAGAGGACCAUUUCCAAGGUGUCGUGGAUCUGAUUGGAAGGAAAGCGAUCUACAACGAGGGAGAGAAGGGAGAGGUUGUAGUUGUCAAGGACGAGAUUCCCGAAGAUUUGAAAGAGCUCGUGGAGGAGAAGAGGCAGAAGCUUAUUGAGACUUUGGCGGAUGUUGACGAUGAGAUCGCCGAGCUUUACUUGGACGAGCAGGAGCCCACACAGGAGCAGAUCAAGGCUGCUAUUCGACGAGCGACCAUUUCCUUGAAAUUCACACCUGUCAUGAUGGGAUCAGCAUUAGCAGACAAAUCCGUUCAGCCUAUGCUUGACGGAGUUGUGGAUUACCUCCCUAACCCCGCCGAAGUCGAGAACAUGGCCUUGGACGCACGACGAAAGGAGGCACCAGUCAAGCUGGUUUCUUACAACUCCUUGCCCUUCGUUGGUUUGGCUUUCAAGCUUGAGGAGAGCAACUUUGGUCAAUUGACAUACAUUCGCGUCUACCAGGGAACAUUGAGGAAGGGCAUGAAUGUCUUCAACGCUAGGUCAGACAAGAAGGUCAAGAUUCCUAAGAUCGUUCGUAUGCAUUCGAAUGAAAUGGAGGAGGUCCAAGAGAUCGGAGCAGGAGAAAUUUGCGCUGUGUUCGGCGUUGACUGUGCUUCUGGAGACACAUUCACUGAUGGCUCUCUCGGAUACACCAUGUCGUCCAUGUUCGUUCCCGAGCCCGUCAUUUCGCUUUCCAUCAAGCCCAAGCACACCAAGGAUACCCCCAACUUCAGUAAAGCGAUGAACCGCUUCCAGCGUGAGGAUCCCACCUUCCGUGUCCAUGUCGAACCCGAAUCCCAGGAAACCGUCAUCUCUGGAAUGGGUGAACUCCACUUGGAUAUCUACGUCGAACGCAUGAAGCGAGAGUACCGCGUUGAAUGCGAGACCGGACAGCCUCAAGUCGCCUACCGUGAGACCAUCACCAAGCGCGUUAACUUCGACCACACGCUCAGGAAGCAGACCGGUGGAGCCGGAGAUUACGCCCGAGUCAUCGGAUGGUUGGAGCCUAGCGAAAAUCUUGCCGAGAACAUUUUCGAAGAUCAGAUUACUGGUGGAACUAUCUCUGAGAAGUUCUUGUUCGCCUGCGAGAAGGGCUUCGGUGCCUCUACCCAAAAGGGUCCGCUCAUGGGCCAAAGGGUCUUGGGUACCACCAUGGUCGUCAACGAUGGUGCCACCCACGCCGUCGACUCUUCCGAAAUGUCUUUCAAGAACGCCACACAGCAAGCCUUCCGCAAGGCCUUCAAGGAGGGCGCUCCCCAGGUCCUCGAACCCCUCAUGAAGACCACCGUCACCGCGCCGAACGAGUUCCAGGGAGGCGUCGUCGGCAUCCUCAACAAGCGCAACGCCAUCAUCAACGACACGGAAAUCGGCCCCGACGACUUCACCGUCUACGCCGACUGCAGUCUCAACAGCAUGUUCGGCUUCUCCUCCCAGCUGCGAGCCAGUACCCAGGGCAAGGGAGAAUUCUCUAUGGAGUUCAGCCACUACAGCCCCGCGCCACCACAGCUCCAAAGAGACCUCGUGGCCAAGUACGAGAAGGAGCAGCGGGACAGGAACGCUUAGACAAAUUAGAAAAAAACGCACAUUACGCCCCCCUCUCUUUGGCACAUACACACGUUUAAAACGAAACGACUUCGCGUUUGAUAGCUUUUACUAGACAUGCUUUCUUUUGGCAUAUCUUCCAAGACACACGGCGGGAUUGGUUGUUUUUCCCCGCCAUGCAUAUAGACGACUUUUUCUGGGAGGAAACAUAAAAUGGGCUGGGAACGUGUAAAAUUAAGUGUAUUAUGGUCGAUUUGUAUAUGAUAUAUAAUCAGAAGAUAUCCC